AUCUCCACCCGCUUCAUCCUUAGAGACACCGCUGGAGCGCUCUGGCGGGGGAAAUAGGGUAGAAACGUAAUCAGGACCGAGUGACUUCAGGGUUUAGUAGUCCAACUUUAACCCUGUUUAAAGGACCAUCUAGUCAACCUUAUCCUGCCUUUCCUAGAAUACUGGAAGGCUUUUCCAUUUCUGAAGGGGACAACAGUAGGUUGCCAUAGAAACGCAUUAAGAAAGACGUUGGGAUUCUUGAGAAGACGCGCGAAACUAAGGGGCGGAGUUGAGGGAGAAGUAACAAUAUAACCUCUGAUUGGUGGAGAGAUGCCUUCGAUUCAUUCCGAUUGGUUUUGCAUUGGCACAUGCGCAGUAGAACCAUGAAGUGUUCCAGAGAGGGUGGAAUGGGAGGGUGAUGAGGAAAUAAUCCCUCCCUCUGUCCUGAGGCAGAGGACUGGCCUGCCGCGAAGGCGUCUGGGAGAUGGAGUUCCCAGAGAGGUAUAGCCCAGGGGCCGUCGGGAAGUCAGCGGCGCCUGCGCAGGCAAGUCCGGCCUUAGGGCCAGGAUGCGCGCGCAGCGCGUUCGGCCCAGCGGAAGUUUCUGUGGGGUAACUAAGAAGGUCAUUGUCAAGAUGGAGUUUCCAGCCCAGUGAAUCCAAGGGCCAGACCGUGACCCCAUAAAGCAUGAUCUCCUUCUGUCCAGACUGUGGCAAAAGUAUUGAAGCAACAUUCAAAUUCUGCCCCUACUGUGGAAAACUUUUACCUACAGAGGAGGGCGCAGGGUCCCAGACCUUUGUCAAGCCACGUGUGUCAUCCUUGCGAGGCACCAGAAGACAGCUGAACUCCUCCAGUUCUGAAAUUUCUCCCAAGAGAGUGAAAUGGUCUAGCACUGUCACUGCUCCUCAAUUAUCCCUCUUCCCAGAUGGUGACAGUUCUGGGUCUGAAGAUACCUCAAGUCCUUCUGAGAGAUCCAAAGCUUCCUUUAGCAGGCCCCCAACGCCCAGGUACAGCCCGGUACAGCCCAGGUACAGCCCGCAGCCGACCAACCGAAGCCCUCAGACACUGAAGCGGAGCCGGGUGACCACCUCACUUGAGGCUUUGCCCACAGAAAUGGUGCUGACAGACAAGAGCGGGCGGCAGUGGAAGCUGGGAUCCCUCCAGAGCAGGGACGACCAGGGCAUUCUCUAUGAAGCUGAGCCCACCUCCAUCCUCGCCUGUGGCUCAGAUCCCCAGAAACAAAAGUUCUCGCUCAAAUUGGAUGCCAAGGAUGGGCGCUUGUUCAACGAGCAGAACUUCUUCCAGCGGGCCGCCAAGCCUCUGCAAGUGAACAAGUGGAAAAAGCUGUACUCGACCCCCCUGCUGGCCAUCCCCACCUGCAUCGGCUUUGGUGUUCACCAGGACAAGUACAGGUUCUUGGUGUUCCCCAGCCUGGGGAGGAGCCUUCAGUCAGUGCUGGAUGACAACCCGAAGCACGUGAUGUCGGAGAGGUCUGUGCUGCAGGUGGCCUGCCGGAUGCUGGAUGCCCUGGAGUUCCUCCAUGAGAAUGAGUACGUUCAUGGAAAUGUGACAGCCGAGAAUAUCUUUGUGAAUCCACAGGAUCUGAGUCAGGUGAUGCUGGCAGGCUAUGGCUUCACCUUCCGCUACUGCCCAAGUGGCAAACACGUGGCCUAUGUGGAAGGCAGCAGGAGCCCACACGAGGGAGAUCUUGAGUUCAUUAGCAUGGACCUGCAUAAGGGAUGCGGGCCCUCCCGCCGCAGUGACCUCCAGACCCUGGGAUACUGCAUGCUGAAGUGGCUCUGUGGGUUUCUGCCAUGGACAGACUGCCUUCCCAACACUGAGGACAUCAUGAAGCAGAAGCAGAAGUUUCUUGACAACCCGGAGGCCCUGGUGGGACUGUGUGGUCACUGGAUCAGGUCCUCAGAGACCCUACAGGAGUACCUGAAGGUGGUGAUGGCCCUCAAGUAUGACGAGAAGCCACCCUAUGCCAUGCUGAGGAACAAUCUAGAAGUCCUCCUCCAGGAUCUGCGAGCGUCACCCUACGACCCCAUUGACCUCCAUAUGGUGCCAUAGAUGGAAUCUAGGCUGAAAUUGUGAGAGGACGCUAUAUGCAAGGCACUUGGCCCGGUGCCCGCGCACAGAGCCCGCCGGGCGUUUUUCUCUGUGGCAGCAGCGUGGCAGGCCCGCACCUUAACCGGACACUGUCCAAAAGCGAAGUCGCGCCUUCUACGCCCGCCUCCUCCUCCCCCGCCUCUCCAGCUCAGUAGAUGGCUCGUCCUCCGCCCACCCAGCUGUCCAGGCCAGACACCUCGGGGUCCCUUCGGUGGCCGCCUCCAGGUCUCCGGUUCCGGAUGAGGCCAACUGCAGUCACUUGUCAUGGUCACCCCCUGGCAGUGAGCUCUGUGCCUGUCAUUUCUGUGUUUCUGGCAAAAGCCAGAGGCUGCCUCCGUGUUUAUCGAUGGGGUGAGUCCAGGUGUCCUGCCAGUGCCACCCUGUCUUAAGUGCUUUUCAGUCCACCCAGGACGGUGGACAUUUAAACCUCAAAACUUAGCAGCCCCUUCCGGGGUCACCACCGUUUCAGGUCUGCUUACCCCCCGGGGGGCCACUCACUCCGUAGUAGAUGUGUCCCUCGGUUGGGAACUUAAUUCGGAGAUGCCAUUUCAGGAGCCCAGUGAUUGUCGAGUGACUUGAAGAUCAUCUUGCCUCUGCUCUGGGGCAGCUCCUUGCCUCGGCCUGCACGGCUGAGCCCCCCUGCUCCCCUCACGUGCCGGCCACGCCAUCCUCCCUCCAGCUCCACACCAGGCCGGCUGGACUCGUUUGCACCUGGCCUUCUGGCCCCCGAGUUCACACUCUGGCUCCUCCCCAGGUCACCCCCGGAGGUGCCACCUCACCACCGGCCCACCCACUUGAUUGUCAUGUCACCUAUUUCCUGCACAGCCCUUGUUCCUGUCUGGAGGGAAGCACGCGUUUAGUUCGUGCUGUCUCCUCUCCCUUCUCUAUGUUAUAAGCCCUGCAGGGGCUCCUUGUCCCUCUGGCUCACAGUGACGUCCAGGGCGUCUGGUGCUUGGCAUGUAGUAAGGACACAGAGUGUGUUUCUUGAAUGAAUGAGACGCUAACA